GGGAGCAGGGAGGGAGCAGGGAUGGAGCAGGGAGGGAGCAGCGAGGGAGCAGGGAGGAAGUGGUGCCUAGGGAGGCUGCCUGGAACAGAGGCCAGGCAGUGUUAAAGGAAUAAAGUGGGUAUUUAUUAAAAAGGCCUCCAAAGGACGCACCUUGGGCAGUGCAAGAGCCCGGCUGAGGCUACGCCCAAGAGGGACAGUGGGUCACGAGUUUUCCCACCUUUAUAAGUUUGGUCUAUUUGCAUAUUGGGGUUAAUUAUCCAAUUACAGCUUCAGGUAACGAAGUCACGUUCUCCCAGCAGCUCCCCUGAACCCACCGUUGCUUGCAGCUUUUGGGCCUGAAGCUGCAGUGGUGUCCUUGGUUCUGGGGGUGGAAAAGGGUUGUUUUUUCUGGCUGAACUGUGAGGAGAGCUGGCUAACACUGAACAAAGUUCAGAGUUAUAUCCUAACGCAGCACAGAGUCUGCAAAACAGGAAAGCUGGAACUUAAGGCACCGGGAGCAGUGGCCCUGUCUCGUGCUGGCACCUGGUGGCAUCAGCCCAAAAGUGGCAGUUGUGUCACCCGGGAACAGGAGGGGAAAGUGGUUGAGGCCACAGGUUUGAGGCAGAGCCAGCUCAGAGAGAGCAGGUGGGUUCCCGGGGGGCUGAGGGAGGCCAAGGUGCCCACGCUGCUGGGAUGAUGCUCCUGCGUGUGCUGCCUGCCUGUCCCUGACCUGUGCCGUGCCCUCUGAGCUCCCUGCCCACCCCAGCUGCGCCCUCGGAUCGCUCUGAGGCAGCAGCAAAGCCCCAGAGGCCGCUCCCUGCUCCUCCCUGGGCUCCCGUGGUCACCUCCAGGGAGAGGCUGCCCCCACACCCACCGUGAAAUCCGCACAGGGACUCGCAUCUCACCACAGGCUCUGCUUGUUCCUCCCUCCCCAGACACGCCCAGCGCCCCGCAGGAGCAGGAUUCCUCCCCAGGGAUGAGGCAGAAGAUGAGCGGAUGCUCCCAGAACAACGAGUCCAGCGGCACAGGGAGUGACCCGGCUGCAGGUGACCACAAAGAGAUGGGAGGGGGUGGCAGCACCUUCAUCGCUGGAGUCUUCCUCCAGGCCCAGAACAAGAAGCUGAGUAUCUACGAAGCCAUGGUGAGGGGGCUGCUGAGCCCGGGCACGGCGCUGGUGCUGCUGGAGGCUCAGGCAGCCUCGGGGCUGCUCACGGACCCCGUGAGGAACGAGCAGCUCCCGGUGAAGGAGGCGCUGGCUCGGGGGCUCAUCGGCCGGGAUUUCUACGAGAAGCUGCUCUCGGCAGAGGGAGCUGUGACGGGCUACACGGAGCCCUACACGGGACACAGGAUCUCCCUGUUCCAGGCCAUGAAGCGGGAGUUCAUCGUCAGGGACCACGCCAUCCGCCUGCUCCAGGCCCAGAUGGCCACCGGCGGCAUCAUCGACCCCGUGCACGGCCACCGUGUCCCCGUGGAGGUGGCCCACCAGCGCGGCUACCUGGACCUGGAGACGAGCCAGUUCCUUUCCGACCCCGAGAACCAAACCAGGGCUUGCUUCGACCCCAACACACACGAGAACCUGACCUACCUGCAGCUGCUGCGGCGCUGCGUGCCCGACCCCGAGACGGGGCUGCUGAUGCUGCAGCUGAUGGACAAGGGCUCCAUGCUCUACCAGCUGAGCGAGGACGCCCGCAGAGCCCUGCAGGCCGCCCGCACCACGCUGGCCGUGGGGCUCUUCCAGGGCCAGAGCGUCACGGUCUGGGAGCUGCUCUUCUCCCGCUACGUCCCCGAGCAGCAGCGGGAGGAGCUGCUGAGGAGGUACAAGGCGGGCGCGGUGACCGUCCCGCAGGUGACCGCCAUCCUCACCGCCACCGUCACCGUCACCGCCACCGGGGCAGGAGGGGACAGCGCGGCUCAGGGCUCGUCCCCAGCCAAACCCGAGGACGGGGUGAGGGUGUCACCCCCAGCUCAGGACACGCAGGCUCAGGAGCAGCAGCUGAGAAAGUCCUUGAAGUCCGCGACCGUCCGGGUCACCACUGGGGAGCUCCGGGGGCAGAAGGUUUCCGUGCUGGACCUGCUCUUCUCCAAAUACGUCCCCCAGGGGAAGCGGCAGGAGCUGCUGGAGCUGUACCGGGCAGGGGUGCUGACCACAGGGCAGGUGGCCGCGGUGGUCACCACCAUCGUGAACCGGGCAGGAGCCGCGAACGCCGCGCUGGUGGCAAAGGCCAGGAGUACACACAGGGCAGGGGCAGCAGCAGGGGAGGAUGAGGAGGAUGGCUCAGCGCACCUGGAUGACGCCUUGAAGUCCACCACCAUCAGUGUGCCGGCUGGGGAGCUGCAGGGAAGGCAGGCGUCCCUCUGGGACCUGCUCUUCUCCGAAUACAUCCCCGAGGAGAAGAGGCAGGAGCUGCUGGAGCUGUACCGUGAAAGGUUAUUAACUCUGGAGCAGAUGACAACUGUUGUCACCACUCUCAUUAGGAAAAAAGAAUCUACAGGCAGGAAAUUCCGCAUUACAGUGAAGAGUUCCAACAAGGACCCCGUGACAGCCACAGGAGAGGAGGGUGACAACCCCCCCGAAGAAGAACCGUGGGAAACAACCUUAAAAACCACCACGGUCCAGGUGGAGGCCAAGGAGUUCCAGGGCCACAAGGUCUCAGUGUGGGACCUGCUGCACUCCCGGUAUAUCCCCGAGGAGAACAGGAAGGAGCUCCUGGAGCUGUACGGGGCAGGGGAGCUGAGCCUGGAGCAGGUGAAGACCGUUGUCACCACCAUUGUGACCCGGGCAGCAGCAGCAGAGAGAGCAGAGGCAGCGGCACCCGAGGAUGGUGCCAGGGCAGAGCCAGCGGCCACAGAGGCUGAACCCACCCCCCUGCAUGGGGACAGGGCCUGGGAAGAGACCCUGAAGGCCACCAGGGCCGAGGUGUCAGUGGGGGAGUUCCAGGGCAGGCAGGUGUCCCUGUGGGACCUGCUCUUCUCCGAGUACAUCCCCGAGGAGAAGAGGCGGGAGCUGCUGGAGCUGUACCGUGCAGGGACAUUGCCCUUGGAGCAGAUGACAACUGUUGUCACCACUCUCAUUAAGAAGAAAGAAUCGACAGAGAGGAAAUUCCGCAUUACAGUGAAGAGUUCCAACAAGGACCCCGUGACAGCCGCAGGAGAGGAGGGUGACAACUCCCCAAAAGAAGAACCCUGGGAAACAACCUUAAAAACCACCACGGUCCAGGUGGAGGCCAAGGAGUUCCAGGGCCACAAGGUCUCGCUGUGGGACCUGCUGCACUCCCAGUAUAUCCCCGAGGAGAACAGGAAGGAGCUCCUGGAGCUGUACGCGGCAGGGGAGCUGAGCCUGGAGCAGGUGAAGACCGUUGUCACCACCAUUGUGACCCGGGCAGCAGCAGCAGAGAGGGCAGAGGCAGCGGCACCCGAGGAUGGUGCCAGGGCAGAGCCAGCGGCCACAGAGGCUGAACCCACCCCCCUGCAUGGGGACAGGGCCUGGGAAGAGACCCUGAAGGCCACCAGGGCCGAGGUGUCAGUGGGGGAGCUCCAGGGCAGGCAGGUGUCCCUCUGGGACCUGCUCUUCUCCGAGUACAUCCCCGAGGAGAAGAGGCGGGAGCUGCUGGAGCUGUACCGUGCAGGGACAUUGCCCUUGGAGCAGAUGACAACUGUUGUCACCACUCUUAUUAAGAAGAAAGAAUCGACAGAGAGGAAAUUCCGCAUUACAGUGAAGAGUUCCAACAAGGACCCCGUGACAGCCGCAGGAGAGGAGGGUGACAACUCCCCAAAAGAAGAACCAUGGGAAACAACCUUAAAAACCACCACGGUCCAGGUGGAGGCCGGGGAGUUCCGGGGCCACAAGGUCUCACUGUGGGACCUGCUGCACUCCCGGUAUAUCCCCGAGGAGAACAGGAAGGAGCUCCUGGAGCUGUACGGGGCAGGGGAGCUGAGCCUGGAGCAGGUGAAGACCGUUGUCACCACCAUUGUGACCCGGGCAGCAGCAGCAGAGAGAGCAGAGGCAGCGGCACCCGAGGAUGGUGCCAGGGCAGAGCCAGCGGCCACAGAGGCUGAACCCACCCCCCUGCACGGGGACAGGGCCUGGGAAGAGACCCUGAAGGCCACCAGGGCCGAGGUGUCAGUGGGGGAGCUCCAGGGCAGGCAGGUGUCCCUGUGGGACCUGCUCUUCUCCGAGUACAUCCCCGAGGAGAAGAGGCAGGAGCUGCUGGAGCUGUACCGCGGGGGGACCCUCCCCAUCCAGGAGCUGCUCAGCACCACCAGCAGCCUGGCCAGCGACAGCCUGGAGAAGCACUUCAGGGCCCUUCCUGCGCACACCAUGGACCUGCUGCGCUCCGAGGGCUCCUACAUCACCUUCGACCUGUCCCCGCAGCGCCGGGUGUCGGUGUGGGAGCUGCUGUCCUCCAAGCAGGUCUCCGAGUACCGGCGGGAGGCGUGCCUCGACACCUACCCCUCGGGAGGGCUGACGGUGAACAGAAUCACCAUCACCACCACCAUCACCACGGGCCCCCGGCGGGAGGAGAGCCACCCCCAGCACCACUGAAACCCCCCCGGCAGAGGAGGGUCCUGGGCACCCGUGGUGUUGUAGUUUGGAUUUAGGGGGGGUCCCUGGGGAAGGUUCCACGGGAGCCCCCCUAAAUCCAAACUACAACAAUUGGUGUCCAACCUGGGGCUCGAACCCGUGACCCUGAGAUUGAGUCACGCUCUGCCAGCUGAGCCUGCCGGGCUUUCCAGCUUGGGACUGUGCUCCCCCUGCCCCUGCGUGCGUCACAGCGGUGACAAACCCGUCCGUGGGGCGGGGUGGGGUAAACUCCUCUGUCUCAGCUCCGGCCUGGUGAGAUUUCUUUUGCCCAGCAGAGCUUUCCCCGAGGGGUCUGGGGGGUCCAGGGGCCUUGGGGCUGUGCAGAGGCACUGAGCAAGGACAGCGCCCGGGUCAGGGGGGCUGCAGGGCGCCCUGAGAGGGAGCAGGCAGAGACCCCAGGGCAGGAGACCCCCGGCCCCAGGAGAGCCACAGAGGGACAGACACCUCCUGUUCAGGACAGCUCGGAGCUGUCCUGGGGCUGUGGUGGCCUGUGGGGCAUUGAGACCUGGCCUGUCCCUCAGUUCUGCUGCAGGAUGGGGCUGCAGGAGUCCCUGGGCUGCAGGACAGGACUGCAGGGGUCCCUGGGCUGCAGGACAGGACUGCAGGGGUCCCUGGGCUGCAGGGGUCCCUGGGCUGCAGGGGUCCCUGGGCUGCAGGACAGGACUGCAGGGGUCCCUGGGCUGCAGGGGUCCCUGGGCUGCAGGGGUUCCUGGGGCUUCUGGAGCUCCUGGAGUGAGCUCCUCCAGUGUGAGCACUGAAGGAGGGGGCACCGGUGCCAGGCCUUUGACCCCUGUGACAGGGACAGGUGGCCGGGGGCACCCACAGGAGCAGCAGGGCUGAGGGGCAUGAGGACCCUGCACCAAGAGCAUGGGGUGCUGCCCCACAGAGGGAACGAGGACACCAGAAAUUCCUCAGAAGGGAGCAGGGAAAAGGGUGGCAGAUCCUGAGGUGCCUAUUGGCCCAUCCCAGUGUCCCAUCUCCUUGUCCCAUCUCAUCCGAUCUCAUGGUCCUAUCCCAUUGUUCCAUCCCGUCCAUUUGUCCCAUCUCAUCCGAUCUCAUGGUCCUAUCCCAUUGUUCCAUCCCGUCCAUUUGUCCCAUCUGAUCCGAUCUCAUGGUCCUAUCCCAUUGUUCCAUCCCAUCCAUUUGUCUAUCCCAUUGUCCCGUUCCAUUAUUCCAUUCCAUCUCAUUGUCCCAUCUCAUCAGAUCUCAUUAUCCCAGCCCAUUGUCCCAUCCCGUUGUCCCAUCCCGUUG